CCAAACUUUUGAAGCUCAGCUCCGAAAUCCAAUUGGGCCGCAGACAAAACCAACGAUUUGUGCGAAUAUUCGAAAUUAUUUUGUUUGAAUUUUCAAUUGGCAACAGGAGCCGCCAUCCCCCCUCACUCACACUCCAACGAUGGUAUACGAUAUGACGCACAUGGCAGAGGGACCGCCGCAGAGCAUCUCCCUGAGCCGCUACUAUAUGCAGGAGGAUGACGAAAUGCUGGCGCCUGCCAACAAUGGGGGACUGCUGCACGAGGACUAUGCGGCCAGCACCACGCUGGACAUUGAGAAGCGCUUCCAGGCGCGUAUGUCCUGCGAGACGGCCGCCCAGCCGGCACCGGCGCCGCCACCUACACCGGCGCCACGUCGCCGCACCACGCCGAUUGCCCACCUGGAUCCCACCGAGCUGGUGGGCUUGUCGCGCGAGGAGCGACGCCGUCGGCGACGGGCCACACUCAAGUAUCGCACCGCACACGCGACACGGGAGCGCAUACGCGUCGAGGCGUUCAAUGUGUCCUUCGCCGAGCUGCGCAAGCUGCUGCCCACUCUGCCGCCCGACAAGAAGCUCUCCAAGAUCGAGAUCCUCAAGCUGGCCAUCUGCUACAUUGCGUACUUGAAUCACGUGCUGGAGACCCCCUGAGAUAGUGGUAGCGCCUCUAGCUUCAACACCAGCUGCAGCUUCAGUGAGGCCAUGUUCUUUGCUCCACCACCGUAGGAUGCGAAUCGAAUCGAAACCCCAAAAUGCCCCAAUAUCCUGUAUUCA